UGUCAAAUCAAAGCAAAGUUUACGAAAUCGGCCACAAGAGGUCUCUGAGUUAUCUAAUUUUGCUAGUGUUGGUGAGUGUGAUUUUCGUACAAUUCAAGUCCAAUCCUUCCAGCAAAAUGGCCAAUUAUCUGAUGCGCCGGGCGCUCAUCAAUGCUAUCCGUGUUCCUGUCUGCGCCAGGGCUGGAUCCACUGGAAACACUGAACUUGCCAAGAUUGGUGACCGUGAGUGGGUAGGCUAUGGUUUCAACGGCCAGCCCAACUACGUAGACAGGCCUGACUUCCCCCUGCCUGCCAUCCGGUUCCGUGAGGACACCCCUGACAUUAAGGCUCUCCGUGAAAAAGAAAAGGGUGAUUGGCGCAAAUUGACCCUCGAAGAAAAGAAAACUCUGUACAGAGCUUCAUUCUGUCAGACCUUCGCUGAGUUCCAGGCCCCCACCGGAGAGUGGAAGGGAGUCGUUGGUUGGGCUCUAGUCCUCUCAUCUUUGGCUGCUUGGAUCUACAUGGCCAUGAAAGUCUUUGUGUACAGUCCUAUUCCUGACUCAUUGAGCGAAGAGAGGCAGAAGGCUCAGCUCCAGAGAAUGUUGGACCUUAAGGUGAACCCCAUCGAUGGACUUGCAUCCAAGUGGGACUACGAAAACAACCGCUGGAAGUAAAUUUGAUACCGCACUGGCGAGUAAACACUUCUGGGUUGUAGUGUAGAGAAGAAAUCGUGUAUUUAAGAAAAUAAACAUCUGUGUAAGAUAAUAAAUGUGAUUCCAAUCAAAUGU